AUGGUAUUUGAAUUUUUAUUUUAAAAUUAAAGUCAUAAAACUACUAGAGGUUAUUAUAUAAAUCAUGAUAAUUUAAUGUUAGCAACACCAGAAGAAAGAAAAAAAUUAGUUUUUUACUUUAUUGGUUAAUAAGUACCAGAAAAACUUGAUCCUGAUGAUAGAUAACUUUUUUUAAAAGAAAGUUAAAUAUUAGAUGCAAAAGCAACACUAAUUGGCGGACUAUUUGGUCUUUUAACAUUAUCUGGAUAUCCAUAUUAUAGAUCAUCUAUUAAUCCUAGAAUUUUUUUAAAUGUAACUAUAUUUGCUGUCUCUGCUUCAUUUUAUUAUUAUAUUGGAAAUUCAUUGGUAUAUUAUUUUUAUUUAUUAAAUUAAAUUUAAUUUUUUAUUUUAAAUAAGGUUUACAAUGUAUGGGAACCAAAAUUUGUUGCAAAUAACAAAGUUUUAGAUGAAUUAGCUAACAAAUAUAAUUUUACUGUAUUUGAUUUUGCAUAAGCUAAAAAAGAAGCACAUUUAAAAGCAUUAAGAAAUUCUUUAGGAAACGAUUGUCCAAUUAUAAAUACUUCGUUAUGA